AUGGCUGCUUCAACGUUCACGGACUCUAUGGUUACUCCUCGUAUGCGGGCUUUGAUCAAAUCGGCGGGUUCGGGCUUCCUCUCCGACAAGGCGGGUGCUCGGGAGCUAAGAGUGCUCUAUCAACAGAACUCGGCCAAGUUCUACGCUGCAAAGGCACACUUCGAUGAUUUUACUGCAGCAUGCUAUUUCGGCGACGAUGAGUAUGUCCAGUCCGCGCUCCGAAGUGGAAACGCACUACGAUUGGACACGACAGUCUCUGGGUAUGAGAUAGGGCUUGCUACGUUGAUCGUCUUUGGAGCUAGCAACCUGACGCCGUUCAAUCACACUGAAACUGAGAAGCAGAAGACCCGACACCUUCGCGUACUCGAACUACUUCUAGCUCGAGGAUUACCGCUUGACAUUCCUGAUAUUGUCGGAGUCACUGCGCUUAUCCAUGCUGCCAUGAGGGUGAACGAGAAGAUGCCAUCUCUGAUCCGGGCUCUGGUCAACGGCGGCGCGAAUGUCAAUCAUCAGUCUCUCUACGGCUCUACUGCGAUUCACGACGCUAUCUUGACUGGGCAGGCCAAGUCAGUCGAUGUACUUAUGGAGCUUGGGGCUCGAUUGGAUCUUGUGGACGCUAAUGGCGAAAAGGACAUGGAUAUAUAUGUCAACUACGGUCCUGAGGUUACUGCUGUCAUCGGCAAGUGGCUACGGAGGCGUGCAGGAGCUGGGCAGGCGCCGCUGGAAGAGAAGGCUUGUGCGAGAUGCAGAAAACCUGGGAAUGAACAGACGCGACUGAAGAAAUGCGCUUCUUGCCAUGCUGUGUUCUAUUGCUCUUCAGAUUGUCAAAAGGCGCACUGGAAGGUUCACAAGAAGAUCUGCAAGACUCUUUCGAGCGAUGAAGAUGCGGUCACUCUGAAGCCGUUCUAUAUGGAGUCUCCGUAUUUCGGGCUUCGGCCUGCCGCAGCGACGUACCGUUCAGUGGUGCACAACCAGCAUGAAGAGAUUCCGGAAUCGCAUUCUCGUACGGCACAUCAGCCCAAGAAGUUCCCAAAGAGUCUGCUUGUCAAGAUACAGAUUCCUUAUGCGGGUCCGCCAUUCAACUUCGCCGUGUCUGGUGGAAACUACAUGGUCUAUACAAAGAAGCGUGAUUUCGUGGCACAGAUCCGCAGGGAAGACGCGCCAGAUUCUUAUGACAAGCUGUUCAAAAUAGUCAGUACAAAGGGGCCUGGAGGAGCUAAGGGGUACUUUCUUGCAGAACUGAAGAGCGCGACGGAGCUUGUGGUGAAGACGGAGAUUCUUGCCGAGCAGCCGUUUUAG